AUGAAUGUUGGAAGUAGGAAAACUUUAAACAUGUUCAGAAACUCUCAUCGUGAUGGUAAAAAUGAAAUUGGACAGCAUGCAAGAGUUACAGCAGUUAAUUUUUGUGUAGCCGGGGAAAACUUGAACAGAUUGUUCCUACAUGCCACUAUAGGCCUUAAAACUACCGCUUCUGAAGGAAAAGAAUUGGAGGCUUCUUUUAUCCAUAUUUGGCUUGACUCACUCUUUAUUCAUAACGACGAAUUUCAGGAAUCACUCUCUAUACAUAACAGCGUGCACGUGGAAGGAUGCUUGUUCUUGACUACUGGCAUAUGUGAUACCAUUGCGGUGUCUGUUGCUCGCUUAAGAAAGAAUUAUUUUCGAUUCUAUUCCGUAAUGACGACAUCAGGAAAUGACUCUGCUGAAAUCACUCCCUAA